AUGAUAGAAUAACAGGAUACUAAUAAAAAAGGGUAUAAGUAUUUUCAUCAAGCUAAAGUCAAAGUUAAAGUAUAAAAUGAUGCCAGAUAUUUUGAUAAAAUAAUUCCAUUAAAUGAAAAUUAAGCCUUUAUUUAUUUUGAUGGAGGUGAAUAUCACCUUUAUGAUAUGGCCUCAGAAUAAGUAGUUGGCUAAGGAUAAAUUAUUCAUGAUGUAAAAUGCUUCUAUCAAAUAUACCCAUAGUAUUAUUUAUAAACAUAAUAGAACUUUGUGUUUCCUUGACCCAGAAGAUAUGAAGGUAAAAUUGCUUGAUCUUUAGACUCAUUAAGUCAACGAAUAAUUUGUUUUUGCAGCCAGCAAUAUUGUUUCGUAAAACAGUGAUAAGUAAAUAAAAGAAAAAUUAGCUUACAGUAAGUAAUUAAUAUAUUAAUAGAAUUUUGCAUUAUGAUGAUAAAUAGAAAAUAAAAUAAUGUUCAAUAUCUAAUUACUCAAGAUUUAGAAAAGUAUUAUUCGAAUAAUACUGUCUGUCACUUUGCUAUUAGAAUCCUCCCUCUGAACUACACGCAUGAAACUUAAUUUGAUCUCAACCCUGUUUUUGAAUAUCACUAUCCAAUAUAACUAAUAAUGAAGAAUUGUAUAAUUGGGAGGUUGACGAAGAAACGUUAGUUAUUUAUGGAUAAGACUUUGAAGUUGGAUAGAUAGAAAUCUUAUUAAUUAAACCACAUCUAAUCUAAAAUGCAUUCUAAAUUAUUCAUUUUAAGAUAAACAUACCUUUCACAUUAAUAAACGUUACUAACUGGAUACAUCAACAUUUAAUUGCUUUAUGGGUCAAUAAUAAUGAUGGUCUUUCGAAGCCAACCAUUUUUACAAUUGAUAUAAGAUCUUAUUAUAAUGGUAAAGAAUGGCUACCUGAACCAGAAUGUAUUCCAACUAAAGUAAAUUUCUCAAUUAUGCAUUUCUUAGGUGA